GAGGGUGGCAAAAGUGGAGGCGACACUUCACCAUGGAAUAUGAAGUCAAGAAAGGAAAAAAGGGCUUCGUAUCCCCCAUCCGGAGGCUGGUGUUUCCCAAGGCGGGGCGCCGGGCUGCCUUUCGGACCAGUGUGAGUCGCCGGCCUCUGCACUCGAUGCCCCUUUAUCCUCCUGACUACCUCAUUGACCCUCAGAUCCUACUGUGUGACUACCUGGAGAAAGAGGUCAAGUUCCUGGGCCACCUCACCUGGGUUACCUCCUCACUGAACCCCUCCAGCCGCGACGAGCUCCUGCAGCUGCUGGACACGGCCAGGCAGUUGAAGGAGCUGCCGCUGAAGACCACGGCGGAGCAGGACAGUAUCCUGAGCCUGUCGGCCCGCUGCCUGCUGCUCACUUGGCGCGACAACGAGGAGCUAAUCCUGCGCAUCCCCACGCAUGAGAUCGCCGCCGCCUCCUACCUGCAGGACGACGCGCUGCACCUGCUGGUGCUUAAGACCGGUCUGGGCGUGGACCCGGUGCCAGCCGGCGUAGACGCCAGCCCCGGCGGCGCUGGGCGCGACCCGGGCCCGCCGGGCGCGGCGCCCGAGAAGCGGCGGGGGGGCACCACGGAGCGGCGCCACACCAUCUGCAGCCUGGACUGGCGGAUGGCGUGGGGCGGGGGCGCGGGCGCGGAGGCCCGGGCCGGGGGCGGCGGCGGCGGCAGCCUGGAGCGCCAGCGCGCCGGGGCGCGGGCGUCGGGCAGCUGGGAGCGGCGGCAGACGUUCAGCGGCAGCUGGGAGCGGCGGCACGCGGGCGGCGGCGGCGGCGCGGGCAAGCCGGGUGGCAGCUGGGAGCGGAGGCAGGCGGGCGGCGGCGGCGGCAGCUGGGAGCGGCGCCACCCGGGCUCCAACCCGCUGGACCCGCGGGACCCCAGCCCCGACGCCUACUGCAACCUGGUCAUCCUGGCUGUGGCCAACAGGGAUGCUGCCGAGGAGUCCUGUGCCCUCAUCUGUCAGGUCUUCCAGAUCAUCUAUGGGGACCAGAGCAUUGAGUGCGUAGACCGAGCCGGCUACCACUACACGUCCACGCCUGAGCGGCCGUGGCUCUGCAGCCGCAGUGAGAGCUGCCGCACGGAUGGGACUUACGCCUAUGAUGCCGACUUCAGCUGCUGCAGCUCCUUCAACGGCUCCCAGGAUACAUUUGAAGCGUGUUAUAGUGGCACGUCCACGCCCUCUUUCCAUGGCUCCCACUGCAGCGGCAGUGACCACAGCGGCCUGGGCCUUGAGCAGCUGCAGGAUUACAUGGUCACGUUGCGGAGUAAACUGGGGCCCCCUGAGAUCCAGCAGUUUGCGAUGCUGCUGCGGGAGUACCGGCUGGGGCUGCCCAUCCAGGACUACUGUGCAGGCCUGCUGAAGCUCUAUGGAGACCGGCGCAAGUUCCUCCUCCUUGGGAUGCGGCCCUUCAUCCCGGACCAGGACAUCGGCUACUUCGAGGGCUUCCUGGAGGGCGUGGGCAUCCGAGAGGGCGGCAUCCUCACCGACAGCUUCGGCCGCAUCAAGCGCAGCAUGAGCUCCACGUCGGCGUCGGCCGUGCGCAGCUACGACGGCGCGGCCCAGCGGCCGGAGGCGCAGAGCUUCCACCGGCUGCUGGCCGACAUCACGCACGACAUCGAGGCGCUGGCCCCCGACGACGACGAAAGCACGGACGAGGAGGCCCGGGACUGCCCGGGCGGGGGCGACGCGGCUGAAGACAACUACCUGUAGCCGCAGCCCUUGCGGACAGCAGGGACGCACCUGCAUCUCACUGGCUCCUGCCCGAGGGACCCUGGGCCCCGGUCCCCCUCGCACUGGACGCGGACGCGGGCCUCCACUCCCCGGGGCGCGGGGGUCCCUGUCCUGGGGGCUCCAGGCCCUGCAACACCGAGAAUGUGCUGCAGGGGGCGGGACCCUAAAGUCGCGGGCAGUCCCUGAGGCUCAGGCCCCUCUGCCAGACUUCAGCGGGCAGCCCCCUACUUUGUCUGACCAGCCUCGGGUGCCGCCCCAGGUCAACCCGUCUUUCCUGCGACUGCCUGGACUGCCUGCCGCCCCUUUCUGGAGGCCAAGGGAGGGAUGAGGGGUGGGUGCUUCACCUGCUGGCCGACUGAGAAAAGAAUUCCCAGAGCCCACAGAUGGCUGCUUCUCCUAUUUUACAGUUUGAGAAACUGAGGUUCCAAGAAGAGAAAGGAACUUGAGGGAAGCUCCUGUUUCUCCUUUGAUAUUACCUCAAACUAACCAUACUAAAUAGCGUAGAGGGUCUUUUUCAGACUCCAAACAGCAGGGUCGCCCCUCCCCCAAUGGCAAGAAUUGGAUCAUCAAUCUGAAAUAGAGGUUUUUAUCUACUGGCAGUUGAGUCAGAAGUAGGUGAUGUGCCCCCAGUCCUGGCCCUAAGGCUCUGAACGAGUUGCUUGUUCAGAUCUUGGAUUUGGGGGCCACACAGAUCUAGGGCUCCUGCCUGGUUCGUGUUCUCACCUCUUGGUGACAUCCAUUCCCUAAUCUGUGGGAUGAGGUGGGCCCCACCCCCGCCACAGAGUGGUUCUGGGGAUUAGCAAAAGUCCAGACCUUAGUGCUGGGUCUAGCACAUGAUAGACCCCAAUAAAUGCU